ACUAUAAAGCGCUCCCCGCUACGCCGCCGCCACCUCUGAGGAGAAACCCUACCCCGCGCAGCCGCAGCCCGUCGUCGCCGCCGCUUCCUCGAACUCCGGCGCUUGCCCGAGCCCCGCCAGCCGCUGCCGCCAUGUCGCUGAUCGCGGGGGAGGACUUCCAGCACAUCCUGCGUCUGCUCAACACCAACGUGGAUGGCAAGCAGAAGAUCAUGUUCGCGCUCACCUCCAUCAAGGGUGUCGGCCGCCGCUUCUCCAACAUCGUCUGCAAGAAGGCCGACAUCGACAUGAACAAGCGGGCUGGUGAGCUGACCCCAGAUGAGCUUGAGCGCCUCAUGACUGUGGUUGCCAACCCUCGCCAGUUCAAGGUCCCUGACUGGUUCCUCAACAGGAAGAAGGACUAUAAGGAUGGUAGGUUCUCCCAGGUUGUUUCCAAUGCCCUCGACAUGAAGCUCAGGGAUGACCUUGAGAGGCUGAAGAAGAUCAGGAACCACCGUGGUCUGCGUCACUACUGGGGUCUGCGUGUCCGUGGCCAGCACACCAAGACCACCGGAAGGCGUGGAAAGACUGUUGGUGUGUCGAAGAAGAGAUAAGCCUCGAUAAGCCCCAUGUCAAGGCGCUUGUGUCCUGAGUACGCAAACCUUUGCUCGGUGUUUUGCUGGAGAGGAAAUGUUUAUCUCUAGGAUAGAUGGUGAGCUGUUUGGGUUCUUGAAUACUUGUAGCGACUCCUUUGGUUCCUGUGUUGGAAACACGGAUUGAAUUUCGGUGUUCUGUGAAAAACGGUGAAGUUUUGCCUGUUUGGAAGAUGCUAUGUCCUUUCGGUCUGUUUGGAAAUGAUUGAUGAGCAGCUGUUUCGACC